AUGAAAAAAAUUUCUAUGAGAUUUUGCAACUCCAAAUCAAUAAUAUUCUCUUUUAUACUUUUUGUUGCUAUAAUUUUUAUCUUGUACACGAACUCAUUAGUGCACGAGAGUCAUGAAAUCAAGUCCAAGAAACAAGCUCAAACUCAAAAUUCAGAUUCUCUUAUUGCUCCUAAAAAUGUUACUGUAGAAGAAAGAAUUAAGUGGUUCAAGAAAAAGUUGCCAGAUUUUCAGAUUUUCAAAUCGAACGGGUUCACUCAACGAUUUCACAUUCGAGUUACGGAAAUUAUGGAAGACAAUAAUUGCGAAGUUCAUUUUUUCAUGACAUGGAUUGCACCUAUUGAAUCAUUUGGAAGGAGACAGUUUUUAGGUAUGGAUACUCUUUUCAAAGUGCACCCUAAUGGAUGCUUAAUCAUUAUUUCAGAAACAUUAGACUCCUUACAAGGGAGGAGGAUCUUGAAACCAUUAGUUGUAUUAGGGUUUAAAGUUCGCGCAGUUACACCCGACUUGCCUAGUUUGUUCAACAACACUCCGGCGGAAACAUGGCUCAACGAGAUAACCAGUGGCGUAAAGGAUCCCGGUGAAGUCCCAUUGUCUCAGAACCUUUCCAAUCUCAUUCGACUCGUUGCGAUAUAUAAGUAUGGGGGCGUGUAUUUGGAUACAGAUUUCAUUAUUUUGAAAAGUUUUUCGGGGCUUCGAAAUUCGAUAGGCGGGCAAACUAUUGACGACGUAUCCAAAAUAUGGACGUUCAACAAUGCUGUUUUAAUCUUUGAUAGGAGUCAUCCACUUGUAUACCGUUUCAUACAUGAAUUUGCUGCAACGUUCGAUGGAAAUAAAUGGGGACACAAUGGACCUAAAUUGGUGUCAAGAGUAGCUCAAAAAUUGGCCCAAAAACCUGAGUUUAAUUUCACUGUGAUGCCGGCAACAUCAUUUUACCCCAUAGAGUGGAGUUUGAUGGAAAGGUUUUACAAGAAACCAGAAAAUUCAUCUGAUUUAAGAUGGGUUCAAAAGAUGGUGAUUGAGCUUAUAAGUGGAGAUGUUUAUGCAGUUCACUUGUGGAAUAAAUUCAGUCAAAUAGUUCCAAUUGAAGAUGGGAGUGCCAUGGCAAUAUUAAUCUCUCAUUCUUGUGUCAUUUGUGAUUACAUUUAUACACCUUGA